AUGCCGCAACUCCCAAGCUUCUUGGACCGGCGGCGUAUAAGACAUAGCCCAUCUCAGGACGACAUUGAGACUCACUCUAGCUCAAAAGGUGUCCGGUCACUGGCAGCAUUUCAAACAAACGACGCCAAGUACGGAGGCGGCGCUGACAUCCCCGAUAUCCCUAGGAGACCGGCGAGGGGAACAAGACCAGUCGCGGAAUCUAUGACCCCCCCAACAGCACGGGUGGCGAACCCCAGUCUGCCUCUCAUGGAUGUUCGAAACCAAGAAUACAGGCGGCGCCCGGAAAGUUCUCGGAAUAACAUGAGUCCAAGCCCCGACGCAAUAUUCAUACCGACGAUGACAGAGUCUGGUGACAAUCACGACACCGAGACAAGGUCACCAUCGACAGCUCCGAGGAGUCUCAUGUCUCGGUCUACAAAAUCGCAAGCGAACUCAUCCACCUCCUCGCUUGCCCCCACUCAUGGCAGUGCCCUGCCUGGUCUGCAAAGUAGGGGUCCGUUGGAAUACGACGGACUCGAGCCACUGGCCGAAGAGGAAUUCGACCCAGCAUCUUUCGACCUGGUAGCUCCGGCGCGAGGGGGCAGCCCUCAGUAUGCGUUAGAAACGACAUCCGAGUUGCUCUUUUCGACAGAGCACCUUCGGGUGAUCUUCGACGACCCGCUUCUACUACAGAGAUUCACCAAUUUUCUCUGCGCCUCGCGCCCGUCUUCAGUACCGCUCCUGGUCUACUACCUCGACUCGUUGAAGGCGCUGAAAGCGAUCGGCUACGCGAACGCUAUUGCGGAAGCACUGACGCCCAUCGAAGGCCUCCAGUUCAGCUAUGAGAAUGUCGCCAAGACGGUAAAUGAUUCACUGCAAGCCCAGGCUACCAAGGCUUUCGAGGUACUCGCCAGGGAAGACCUCGCUGCCUACAUCACCCAUACUUAUGUCCAGAGUGUCAGCUUGACGAUCAAGAGGCGAAUAGCCAAUACCUUACCCGCUCACCUCAGAGACCUCUCAGAGGGCUUGGCCGAAGUGUUCUGCCUGUCAGAUCCCUCGAGGCCGGACAACCCAAUAGUCUUUGCUAGCGAAGAAUUCAACAAGACCACCCAAUAUGGCAUGGGCUACGUCCUGGGACGCAACUGUCGCUUCUUGCAGGGACCGAAAACCAACCCGGCCAGCGUGCGGCGGCUACGAGAGAUGCUCGCGGCGGGGAAAGAACAUUGCGAAACCUUCUUGAACUACAGACGUGAUGGGUCGCCAUUCAUGAAUCUCCUCAUGGUGGCACCGCUCUUCGACAGUCGCGGCAAUGUGCGGUAUUUCAUCGGCGCCCAGGUCGACGUGUCAGGACUGGUAAAGGAAUGUGCCGGCCUCGAGUCCCUCGAGCGUCUCGUCGCGCAGAAACAUGACAAGAGCGAGGCGAGCGUGGAUGGCUCCAAUAGCCGCAUACGAGAGCAUGGCAACAGCGCCAAUGGCCAGAAGGACGAGUUCCGCGAGCUCGCCGAGAUGCUCAACCUCGAAGAGCUCAAGACGGUCCGCGAGUCGGGCGGGAUCCUCUACCGCGUGCACCAGGAGGACAUGGGCGAGGCGGAGCAGGGCUCGAACUGGCGCAAGCCGCGGCUUCUCAUCAACGACGACGCGGCGCUCGAUCGCCACGAUUCCGACCCCUUGCUGCAGAUCCGCGAGCGGCAAUCCGUGUCCUCUUUGAAACCCUCGCUGGCGUCCGGUGGCCGCCUCCGCGGCGUCUACGAGAACUACUUGCUCGUGCGGCCACACCCGAGCUUGCGCAUCCUGUUUGCGUCGCCUUCGAUGCGGGUCCCGGGCAUGCUGCAGAGCAGCUUCAUGGGGCGCAUCGGCGGCUCGCUGCACGUCCGCGACGCCAUCGCUCACGCGAUGGCCGACGGGAGCGGUGUCACAGCGAAGGUGAGAUGGAUCAGCACGUCCUCGGCUUCCUCCUCCGCCGGCGACGGCCCGGUCGGCAAGGCCCGCUGGAUCCACGCCACGCCGCUGCUCGGCGCAAAUGGUGCCGUCGGCGUGUGGAUGGUGGUGCUCGUCGACGACGAGGCAAACCGACGCCGCACGAGGGACGCGCCGCCCGUCGAGAUGUACACGAGCGGGCGCAGGCCGUUCGACCACCAGCAGGUCGACGCGAUGAGCCUCUCGAGCUUUGCGGCGGUGAGUGGCCGGGUGAUGGACGAGCAGCAGCAGCACCAGAACCACCUGAGCACCAAUGUGCUGCACGAAGGCGGUGGGAGGAUGAGGUCGACGCAGUCCAGCUUGUCAAUGUUUGAUGACGGUGACUUUGAGACGCCGAGGGCGGGCGGCGGCAGGGGUGCGGUGCGUAUCGAUGGUUAUUAA